AAUAUUUUUAUUUAUGUCUUGUUAGUACACUAAGCUUUAAUAAUGGCGGACACAUCAGUGAAUUCAGAUGGACCUUCAAACACUGGAAAUCUUAUCAAUGCUGUGCAGGUGGUGGCACUAGUUUCAACAAUUGGGUUUUUUAUUGCGGGAAGCGUAACGUGUUACAAGAUUCAUCGUCAAAAAUCUGUGAAAAAUGUGAACUUUCUACCCUUUCUGUUAACUGCAUUAAAUUGCUUUCUCUGGUUCAUGUAUGGCGUAUUGAAGGAGGACAAGUUGUUAUGCGUAGUCAAUGGAACUGGUUGUGCUUUCCAAAUACUUUAUAUUUUCGUAUUCGUACAAAAUUGCGAUAAAAAGCAAAUCUACAUAAGGAAAAUUUUAAUAGUUAUUGGUAUGGCAAUUUUAAUCGGUCUGAUGGCACGAUUCGGUAAAGAGAAUUUUGAUGUGGUGGCUAUACUGGGUUGGAUAGCGUCAACUGUGACAGUUCUUAUGUUUGGAUCACCACUUUCUACGAUAAGAAUUGUGAUUCAAACCAAAAACUCUGAAACGAUAUCUCUACCUCUAUCUAUCAUGACGGUGUUAGUAUCAGGAAGUUGGUUCUUGUAUGGCUAUUUAAUUUCAGACACAUUUGUACAGGUACCAAAUUGUUUAGGCGUUUUACUUGGCCUGUCACAGCUCUAUCUUUACAAUCAAUACUCACAGAAAUCACAAUCGAUACCCAUUUGAGCGAUACCAAAAAUCACUUCACAGGAUUAAUUAUAUAGUUGGAUCUGAAUCGUAAAGAGUAUCUAUACUGAGAAAUCGGUCAGAGAAGAAUUGAAUUAAUAAAACUAUUUAUUUUCAACUUAUUAGAUAUUUUUAUGGGGAUACGGAUUUAAAAAUGUCAAUGAAAAGAACAAGGCUGUACCAAUCUUAAAUUGAAGAAUCAAGCAAUCGUGUUUCACAAACUCUUUUUCCUGUCGAAACCCCUCUGAAUAUUUGAACAUGUUGCCAUCAAUUUGGUUUGUCAAUGAGAUUUUAGAAUUUUUUCACUGUAUAAUUGACAGCUGGUUAUGUUGACAUUAAAACAGCAAUAGGUGGUAGUUAUUUUUAGUUAUUAUUUAUUUAAUUGAUUGAUUUAAGUAACAAUUAAAUAUUUUUUAUUUAUUUCGAUAUGCAAGUAAAUACCAUCAUAAAAAGAUAUUUUGGAUUUUAUUUUACUAUUUUUUAAUGAACGAAUAUGUUAUGUGUGUGGUAAUUGCGUCUCCAUCAUAUCACUUCUAACAAGUCUGCAUAGUAUUAAUGAGUCUGGAGUUCCACAAUACAAAACGUGAAAGAACAAUGUAGUUGGAAAUAUUUAAAACGAUGGCAAUGCUGGACUUGCUAUAUUCCACAUUUGCACGUUAAGUUUACAAGAUAGAUUUCUUUUUGUAUAUUACGCUAAAUGAACUUAUUAAAUUUAUUUAUCUUCUGGUUUGCAA